AUGAAUAAAAAAGAAAAGCAGAAAGCUAUUCUUGAUGUUUGUAAAGAGAAUAAAGUUGGUUUUGGAGCUCCUUUUGAGACCAAGGUAAAAAAUGAGAAGCUUCAGGAGGUUUUUGUGAAUAACUUUCAUAACUGGGACUAUUUUUCUAGUUCUAUCACAGCUGGUAGGAUUUUGGUUAUUUGGCAAGCUAAGUUUGUGAAGGUUGAAAUUUUACUUGAGGACUCUCAAUUAGUCCAUUGCAGGGUUAAAGUUUGUGGCCAGCAGGUGGUAUUCUAUGCCACUGUAGUCUAUGGAAGUAAUUCUAUGGGGGAAAGGAAACAUCUAUGGGAUAAGUUGGCUAGUAUUGGUCAUUUGAAACACCCUUGGAUUAUUUUUGGGGACUUUAAUGCUAUGUUUAGUUUCCAUGAUAGGAAUGGUGGGAGACAAAUUGUAGCUAAAGAUCUCUCUGAUGCUCAAAACUGGUUGGCUUUAGGCCAAGUGGAUGAAUUCAAGUGCUCUGGGGCGCACUUUACCUGGUCUAAUAAACAUGAAGUUGGAGACCGAAUUUAUUCUAAGCUAGAUCGAGUUUUUAUCAAUGACUAUUGGCUGGACAAUUUCCCUAAAUCUGAAGCUUGCUUCAAAUGGGACUAUAUUUCAGAUCAUAGCUACUGUGUGAUUAAAAGCCAGGAGUUGAAUAAGGUGGGGUUCAAACCCUUUAGAUAUUGUAAUCACUGGAUGUCCUAUAGAAGCUACAAGGAGACAAUUCUGAACAGCUGGUAUUCUUCUUUAGAUUCGGGAGGUGGUUUAUCUAAGAUUGUGCAGAAGCUGUUUCGGGUCAAACAUGUUUUAAAAAGAUUUAGUAGGGAAGUGGUGAGAGAUGUUGCCUUGGAUUACAAGUUGGCUAAGGAGGAUUUUAAUAUAGCUCAGGAAGCUUUGGAUUUUAACCCCUCUGACAUUUUGCUUCAGCUUGCUGUUUCUCAGAAGCAGGAGAAUUUUUCUGUAAUGCUGAACAGGUACUCCAGUUUUCUUAAGCAGCAAAGUAAAAUUAAGUGGGUCAAUUUCAGUGAUGAAAAUUCUAGGUACUUCCAUGCUAUUAUGAGGAAAAGAAGGUUGGAAAAUAGGAUUACUUCUUUCUGUGUUGGUGAUAAAAUUGAGGAUGAUUAUUCGACAGUAGUGGAGCAUUUUCUCAAUCAUUUCAGGAAGUUUAUGGGGAGUAGUAGUUCGGCCACUGAGGGUAUUGAUUUUACUUGUUUGAACCAGGGUAGAAGGCUGUCAUUGGAGCAGCAAGUCAGGUUAAUUCGGCCUUUUAGUAAGAAUGAUGUCAAGAAAGCACUUUUCAGCAUCCAUUCUUCUAAAAGCCCUGGGUUAGAUGGAUUUGGUUCAGGUUUUUACAAGGGAUUAUGGGAGUACAUUGGAGAAGAUAUAACUCGGUCUGUGUUAGCUUUUUUCCAGGAUGGUGCUUUGCCUCAAUCGUUGAAUGAUACAGUGAUCUCUCUUGUUCCUAAGGUGACUGACCCGAAAUCAGCCAGUGAUUACAGACCAAUUGCCUGCUGUAAUACACUUUAUAAGUGUAUCUCGAAGAUGCUCUGCUCUAGGCUUUCAGAAGUGCUUCCUCUCCUUGUUCAUAGCAACCAAGGAGCCUUCAUAAAGAAUAGAACUCUUGCGCAUAAUAUUUUGAUCUUCCAGGAUCUCCUCAAAGGUUAUACUAGGAAGCAUAUUUCAACUAGGUGUAUAAUGAAGAUUGACCUUAGUAAAGCAUAUGAUACUGUUGACUGGUGA